GUUUGUUUUUAUUUUAUUGUUAUCAUACAUUUAAAGGGAACAAAAAAUAAAUGAUAAAAAUGAUAACAACCUAUUAAGAGGAUUGAGAACAUUCUUUUAAUUUUUAAAAUGUUUAAGGUGGUUUAAGUGAGAAUUUGUGUUAUCUUUCCAGUUUAGUGAAAAUAAAAAUGAUUGUAGCAUUUGGAAACCCAUUAUUGGAUACGAUAGUUACAGUAAAAGAUACAACUCUUAUUCAAAAAUAUGAUCUUCCCAUAGACGGCCAAAAGGAGGUACCACUUUAUCUCUUGAAACAGCUGUUGCAGGAUGUUCAGGAUAUGGAGACAACUUGUGCAGCAGGUGGUUGUGCACAAAACACUUUACGGGUGUUCCAGUGGUUUACUGGGAAAGUCCAUGAAGCAUUUAUAAUUGGUUCAGUUGGCAAUGAUGAGAAGGGGUCUCUAGUAAAAUCUUUAAUGGAGGCAGAUGGUGUAAAAACAGAAUAUAUUGUGCAAAAUAUUCCAACCGGUGCAACAGUUUGUUUAGUUGAUGGCAGUCGAAGAUCCCUAGUAGCUAAUGUGGGUGCUGCUGAAUGCUUUAAAGUAGAGCAAAUCAGACGUACAAAUAUAAGGUCUAUUAUGUAUGAUGCAGAUUUAGCAUAUAUAGAGGGUUUUUUCUUGACGAACCGAGAAGAAGCAGCUAGAUAUGUGCUGGAUUGUUGUAAUACUCUGAAACUGAUGGUUGCGUUUAAUAUUUCUGGAGUGUAUGUUUGUGAUAUGGUACCAGACACUUUACAAUAUUUUGUUGAACAUUGCGAUAUAAUUUUCGGUAAUAAGCGUGAGUUUGAAGCUGUUGCAAAAUUAAUGAAGUUUAGCACUGUUAAAGAACUUAUUCAAAAAAUACUAAAAAACAAUACUUACAAACUAAAAAAAGUGCAUGGUAACAUUGUUGUAAUAACCGAUGGAGCAAAUCCAGGGCAAUGCCAUCAUGGAGAAGGAGAAUAUUUUGAAUUCCAUGUUAUGGAUGUUGAACAAGAUAAAUUUAAAGAUUCAAUAGGUGCAGGGGAUGCUUUUGUCGGAGGAUUCUUAGCUGGAUUGCUGGAAAAGAAACCACUUGACUGGUGUGCUACGUUAGGAUGCUACACUGCUAAUGAAAUUAUUAGGCAAACAGGGUGUACUUUACCAAAAAGGCCUCCUGUAUUUGAUCUUAAUGAUAUUCAUUAAUAUUAUUACUGUGUUUAAUGUUGGUGGUGUGUACUUCAGAGGAAUAUAUUGUGAUAAAUUUUAUCUAAUCUUAAGAUACUUUAUAAAUUUGUUUAAUAUUGACAUGUAUAAAAUUUGGAGUUUUUCUUCACCAAUAAAUGUAUAUUUUACAGUUUUCAAUUUAAUUCUUUUGUUAGUUGCGUCUUUUG